CUGAGCUCAUAUUAAAAUGACAAGCGAUCGACCGCGAUCGGUUUAGUGCGGCGGAUCAAGUUCAGCAAGCAGCAGCAGCAGCAGCAGCAGCAGUUAGCAGCGCAUCUCUCGAAGACGAGGCGACAGUUCGCAGUCAAUUCGAAGCAAAGAGCAGCAGCAUCCAAAGAGAAGCAAACUAAAAGUUGUGAUCAAUUUGACAAUUAUUUUCUUUGUGACACGGUCUUAAUAAACGUGAAAAAAAGGGAAACACUUUCAACGCAACUGUUUGAGCGCAUCGUGCACGGAUUUAGUGGCAAACACGCUCGGUACGACAGGCCCUUUCGGUGUGUUCAGUUCUUCAAAAAGACGCAAGAAAACACGCUUCACUUUGUAAAAAUCGAAUCAAGAAAGCUUAAAACAUAACCGUGUUGAAGGAUCAUUUACCACACAAGUGCUAGUGUCGUCCUGUACCCCGUGUGUGUGUGUGUGAGAGUGUGACAAUGAGUGGAGGAUUCUUCUUUGAGCACAUCGUCGAGUUCCUGCUUCCGAAGCAGCCCGCCCAGCAGGAAGCCGAUGUGGCGAAGUGUGCCGCAGUAGCCGCCGCCCAGUCAGUGAUCAAGAAAUAGUGUUCUUUCCACUGGCUGUUUACAGGCUACGGCUGACUAAGACUAAAGCAUUACUAUUGACAGCGUUCGAGUGAACAGCAAAACAAAAAUCGAAGCCUUUUAAGACACAAGAAGCGGAAAAGAAAAACAAUGUUGAAAAAGUACGUGCUCAAACUGACCAACACGAUCGGUACGGUCGACUACCUCAAGCGCCGAUCAUCCACACCAACGGAAGUGAUCCGCCAGCAACAGCAGCAACAACAGCAGCAACAACAACAGCAACAACAGUACCAGGAAAAUGUGCCCCACUCCCAGAGAGGCCCCGGGUUGGGCAAGUUUACGCGCAAUGGGCGCAAAUGUUUGCGUCGCCGGUUCUCCAGCAUCUCGUCCGCGGACAGCGGCAUCCUGGAGGAGAUCGACCAGGAGGACGAGCUGCAGGCCCAGAUGCAGCAGCGCCAGGAGCAGCAUCAGCAGCAGCAGAAGCAGAGGGAACGGCUCGAGGAGGACCCACUGGAGCACGAUUCUGCCCUGACGACGCCGGCUUCGGAGGAGGUCGACGGUGGCAGUGGGACAGUCACGGCCACAGCCACCAUCCGGCUACCUCCGACCACCCUCGAUACGGCGCUGCUAGCAGUGCCGGUCGCACAAAUCAUCAUCUCGACCGCGAUAGCGGAACUCCGGAGCGCACUGCUGUUCUAUCCAUGGUUCCACGGCAAUCUGUCCGCUAAGGAGGCGGAAAAGCUUAUCCUAGAACGUGGCAAGAAUGGUUCGUUUCUAGUGCGUGAAUCUCAAAGCAAGCUCAGUGAUUUCGUGCUCUCGGUCCGGGCGGACGAUAAGGUGACGCACGUCAUGAUACGAUGGCAUGAGAAAAUGUACGACGUCGGCGGUGGGCAAAAGUUCGCAACCCUGUGUGACCUGAUCGAGCACUACAAGCGCAACCCGAUGGUGGAAACGUGCGGCACGGUCGUCCACCUGCGGCAGCCGUUCAACGCGACCCGCAUCACGGCGGCCGGCAUCAACGAUCGGGUCGAGCAGCUGCAGCGCGAAAACGGGGGCCAAUCGUACGGGAAGGGCGGCUUCUGGGAGGAGUUCGAAUCUCUGCAGCAGCAGGAGUGCCGGCACACGUUCUCGCGCCGCGAGGGCCAGCGGAACGAAAACCGGGCCAAGAAUAGAUAUAAGAACAUUUUACCAUUUGACCACACGCGCGUGAAGCUGAAAGACGUGGACAGCACGGUGCCGGGCGCGGACUACAUUAAUGCCAACUACAUUCGCCAACCGACGGAGGCGGAACAGAACGACAUGAGCUCGUCGUCCGAGAACCUGGCCCAGUCGGCGGGAUCGGGGCUGAACAACGGGUUCUCCCAGCCGAACGCCACCAACAACAAUGGCACCAACGGUAACAGUGCGUCCCAGGGCUACAGUGUCGGUUCGGUGGCGCCGACGAAAAAUUGCUCCAGCUGUCAGCUGCUCAACAAACCCUGCUCCCAGUGCUCCCUAAAGGCCAGCAGCGAGAUGAAGCAUAAACGCAACGAGUCGAUCACCUCGCGCAUGCAGCUGCAGCAACAGUCGCCCCACAAGCGGGACGAGAAGGACAUGUUCAAGACGUACAUCGCGACGCAGGGCUGCCUGACCAACACGAUACAGGACUUCUGGAACAUGAUCUGGCAGGAGAACACGCGCGUCAUCGUCAUGACAACCAAAGAGAUGGAGCGGGGCAAGAAGAAGUGCGAAAAGUAUUGGCCCGAUCCGCAGCAGAGCAAGGAGUGGGGCCACGCCCGGGUCCGGUGCCUGAGCGAGACGAGCACCGCCGACUACACGCUGCGCGAGUUUCUGCUGUCCUGGCGCGGGCAGGAGGAUCGCAAAAUCUACCAGUACCACUUCCAGGUGUGGCCCGACCACGGCGUACCGGCGGAUCCGGGCUGCGUGCUCAACUUCCUGCAGGACGUGAACACGCGCCAGGCCCAGCUGCAGCUGGAGGGUUUGAUGCCGGGUCCCAUUUGUGUGCACUGUUCGGCUGGCAUCGGGCGCACGGGGACGUUUAUCGUAAUCGAUAUGAUUUUGGAUCAGAUUCUGCGUCAAGGUCACGAGUGUGAGAUUGACAUUCAGCGGACAAUUCAGAUGGUGCGCUCGCAGCGUUCCGGCAUGGUGCAGACGGAAGCUCAAUACAAGUUCGUCUACUUCGCCGUCCAGCACUACAUCCAGACGCUGCUGCAGCGGAAGCAGGCCGAGCAGCAGAGCCUGCAGGUGGGCCGCGAGUACACCAACAUUAAAUAUGCAUGCGACUCGAAUGAUCUGCAGCGAACCCAGCUACUCCCAUCGCUGUCAACAUUAAGCUUAAACACAAGACAAGACUUGCAGAACAAUCGUAUGCAGCACAACCACACGAUUAGGUCGACAUCGGAUUCGCAGUUGCCAUUACCGAGAACUGUGAACGAUCUAAAUAACUCACUAUCAGUAUAUGAGAACAUUCGCAAAGAAGCUGUACGAGCACCACCGCCUACACCACCGAGAAAAUCAUGACAAAUGGAUUUUUAAAACUUAUAAGGCAAAUGCUGUGAAAAACAAACAAACAUGAAACAUGUGAAAACUACCACCAACAAUCUACAUAUACACACCUUACGGGCAUUGGUUGGUCCAUAUACAUCUAUUCUCUUUAUUCUGCUUGUUGCUAGAACCGCUGUUGCGAACCGUCGUUGUCUGUGCCUGUGUUUGCAUUGCGACUGUGGCGCGAGUCAAGCGGAAACCAACUUAGACGAUUCGUCUAUGCGCUCACGGUGCGUCAGAAGUGCACAUUUCCUGCGCGAACCGAACCGUCGUCCUAUAUGCGUGUAUGCAGCCCAGGAAGUGCUGUAUAUGUUUCCAUACCACUUGUUUUGCUAUGACAAAAAGGGGUGUACUACGAGGUGAUAUGUUGAUCGGUCACAGUGCCUCUAACCUGUGUAGUAACAGUUGUGUGCGGCAGCUGACACACGAUCGAUCACUGAUCCUCCUCUUAGCCCGUCAAUGUGUUGGGUAGCAAAUGUUACGGCAUUUCUGUGUUAUAGUCGUUGUAGAUUGAGUUGUUUUAGAGGAGAUGCGUUUCAUUGUAAAAUACCUGUACAGCAAUGAUGUGAGCGUUUUUUUUUUGCGUUUUUGUUUUGAUUCUAUUUUACGCGCCUUACUCCGUAAUAACUGCGCCAAUACCGCUGUGGUCGAGUUUUUGGGCUGGGAGCGGGGGGGCAGUGUGGAUUAGAUGCAACUGUUUCCAACUAUUCUAUGUGCAUUGAAUGUGUAGCGCUGCUUGUUUUGAAACCAUCGCUGCUAGACCAUCGCCAACCCAACUCGGCAUAAUCCUCGCCACCGAUUGGCCAUGGUUGAAAUUGUGUGUUGUUGAAAUUUAAGUAUAAAAAAGCGGACUUAAGAUGAAAUGGAAAACAACACUUUAGCAUGUUAUCUAUGUAACGUGCAUCUAAAUAGAAUGAAAAAAAGGUAAAGAAAUAGAAUAGAAUAAAACAAAUUAAAUUUAUAUCGCUGAUAGUCAAACACACACACACACACACACACACACACACACACACACCUACAUAUAUUCAUUAUAGAUACACACUUUACGUUUGUCUUGCUCUAGGAGGGAGGUAUAUGCAAAUCAGAUCAGUAACGGAAAAUAGACUUCUAUUUUUAUAACUUGAAACAUUUAUUACACACAGAGAAAGAGCGGACAGCGAGAGAAGAAAAACGAGACGUUGGAUAACUAUUGUUGCUGCAGAAACAUGAAAAGGCAAGAACACUAUUCAAAAGAGAUUAUGAUAAGAGUAACAACCGGAAUACAGGAAGUAAAAGAAACAAAAUGAGUCCGCGCUGUGUGCAAAAGCGAACGGGCCAAUAACGGUGGGAGCAGGGGAAGGAAAUCAGCGCCAAAGGGAGGUACAAUACAGAUUCAUAUUAUAGAUUUGUUAUUAUACUAGACGAUGCGAUGGCUCAGUGAAUGGAAAUUGCAGGACCAGAACAAACAAACACUAGGCAAAAGACAUAUAAUCGAAGCAAGGAAGCAGCGCAUGCACGUGACGGAAGCUAGCUUAUUAGCGGGGAUUUGCAUACAGCAAUGGAACAGAAUCAUUUCGCCCCAAGUGCGUGUGUGUGUGUGUUUUAUAUUAUUAGACAUCAGUACAUAUACGAGAUGCGUCUUAUAAUUUAAACCGUAGUUAGCGUUGUACUACAGCAAAGUCGUUUAAAAAUGCUUCUUUUUUUGCUUUGUUUCACUGUGUUUGACCAGUUGCUAUGAGAUAGUUAGCGUUUUUUGCCUUAAGCUCCCACAGAAAGCGGUUCCAUCUAAGAUUAGAUUACACAUGGAACAAUCCUUUGGAUCUAAUUGACUGUUAAAAAGACUCUGGAAGGUAUCACUCUUCCGGUAGUGCUGUGUUAUUUUAAAAGAUGUCUGUUUUGUACAGAUUGCUCGCCGGUACUACGUUUCGUCCUGGUACGUUUCUGUUCGCAAAUCAAUCCCCCCCCCCUUUUUUUUUCUCCCCAUACACACACACACACACACACACACACACACACACACACACACACACACACACACACACACACACACACACACACAUUGCUUAGCAUGUAUGUCACCACCAUAUUUUUCUGUUUUAUUAAAUUUUUAUGCUUAAAGUUUUUGUUAUGAUUGUUAGUUAUAGUCAGUUUUACAACAACCACAAAAACAACAACAAUCAGUCUUGAAUCAUUUUAUCGGAUUUGAAACUUUAUAAAAGUUAGACAUUAAACGUAUAUUAUAACCUCGAAAGUAUAAGACGUACACAGAGAAAAAGAGCAAGAGAGAGUGAGAGAGUGAGAGAGAAAACUAAAGCUGAAUAUGUGAUUGUAGCGUUAAAUAACGACAACGGCAGAAAAAGAGAGACAUUUACCACGAAAAAACAAGCGAUAGGUGAUUAUUAUUUUUUGAACCACAUACAUAAUACUAUUUGUUCUUUGUUCACACAGCAUAAUGUUUCUGUUCCCUAGGAUUUUGUUUUUUGUAGUUUUCCUCUCUUCUUUCGCAAUGAACAGUCGUAUUUGGUGUAACUGCACGAUUUUGAAUCAUUUUAGAUCGAUUCCGGCUGGAAAACUGGUAACUGAAAGAACGAGAGUGUAAGAAUAUACUUCAAAACUAAAGCCUCUGUACAUCUUAAUGCGAAAAACAGAUCGGUAAAUGUAACGAAGAGACAAUGGGUAAAAGAGAGAAAAUGAGAUAUAAUAGUACAUGUUCACUCAGCGCAGGCCAAUUAAUUGAAUGAAAAUAGCUGAGAGAGAGAGAGAGAGAGAGAGAGAGAAAAAGAGGAG